GUGGUUGCAUUAUCAUGGCUGGACAUUCGGUUUUCCUUGCCCUCCAGAUUGUGGCUCUGCUGGCCGGAGCACAUGGGGCUAACAUUGUUGGACUAUUUGCCAGCCUCAGUCCAUCGCACUUGGUAAUUCAGAUGUCGAUGGCCCGUAUUCUGGCAGAGAGGGGGCACAACGUCACUGUUGUGACCGUCCUGAAACCUCCGUUCCUACACAAGGACAUUACACACAUCCUUGUGCCACUGGAAAAGGAUGACCUUCAAGCCUUUAGUUCAGUUGUUGCCGGCUUAUCCAAAAAGGACAAUAGCAACGCCUACGUGUCUAUGCUUCGGUCGGUCAGACAAAUGAGCGAGGCGUUCUCUAAGAUGGGCAGCGUGAUGAAGCACCCGGUGGUCAAAAACCUUUAUGAGCACCCGGACAACAGGUUCGAUCUGGUCAUAGUGGGCUACUUCAUGAACAGUUUUCAACUGGCCUUGGCCCACAAGCUAAAGGUUCCUCUGGUGGUUGCCCUUUCAAACCCACCCUCGUUCUUGGGCAACGUUCUGGGAAACCCCGACGAAGUCUCCUAUGUGCCAGCAAUGCACGUGGCUGUCGAGCCUGGCAUCCCCAUGAGCUUUGGGAAGCGUCUGAUGAACCAGUUCGGAAACUUGGCACAGCGGUUAUUUAUGUUUGUGCUUGAGUAUAGCAAUGCAAGAACUUACAGGGAGAUCUAUGGAGACGAUCCUACUCUGCCCAGCUACGGAGACUUGAACAAAAACAUUUCACUCAUCUUUUUUGCCUCGCAUGGCAUUAGCGAGGGACCCAUCAGGCCCAACGUACCUGCCGUAAUCGAAAUCGGAGGAAUACAAGUCAAGGAUCAACCUGAUACUCUACCCCAAAAUAUGGAAGAGUUCCUGAAAGAAGCUCCUAAUGGAGCUAUACUUCUUAGCCUGGGAUCCAAUCUAAAAAAAGAUAACCUUAAGCCCGAAACUGUGCAGAAAAUGUUUAAUGUCGUCUCCAAGCUAAAGCAGAAGGUGAUCUGGAAGUGGGAUGACCUGGAGAACUCCCCGGGAAAGUCAAAAAAUAUACUCUACUCGGAGUGGGUGCCCCAGGACGACAUCCUAGCACAUCCGAACAUCACUCUGUUCAUUACCCACGCGGGAAAGGGCGGAGUAACCGAGGCCCAGUAUCACGGUAAACCCAUGCUGGCCUUGCCCGUUUUCGGCGACCAGCCCGCGAAUGCCGAUGUCAUGGUAAAACAGGGCUUUGGUCUGCAGCAAAGUCUCCUCACACUAGAAGAAGACAGCUUUCUUCGUAGCAUUCAGGAGCUGCUCGAGAACCCGAAGUAUUCUAAAGCUGUGCAGACUUUCUCUACUCUCUAUCGUGAUCGUCCAAUGAGUGCACGGCAGACACUUGUGUACUGGGUGGAAUACGUGAUCCGCCACCGUGGAGCGCCUCACCUUCAAAGCCCCCUGGUGCACAUGAACUACAUAGCAGCGAAUAACCUUGAUGUUUAUGCUGUGGUACUAGCAGCUAUCGCUGCUAUCUGCUUUAUUAUUAAAAUAGUUUUUGGUUUACUAAUUAAAAAACUUAAAAGCGGCUUAGGAAAAUCACAUGUUAGGCCGCAACAUAAGUUAAAGAAGAAAUAAAGCUAGCUAUAAAAAUCAAUAAUUGGUAGUC